UUGUAUUCAAAAUGUGAUCAGUUGCUUUUGAUAACUCGCGCUAAGCGGUUGUGUUCGAUAAAUCUGUUAACACUUUCCAAUUAUGGAACCUAUAUCGCUAUGUUUUUUGGUUCUCUUAUUAUUUUGGCUCUUAAUAUUCAUUAUAUAUCGUUGUGCAGCUUGUGGUGACGACUGUGAAACCCAAGAAACACCACAACUCAAAAAAAAGGACACUGCUCUGACAGUUUUGGAGCUAGCUGCCGAUGUUAUGAAUACUUCGAACAAUGAUUCCUAUGAAGCCGAAGCUGAUUUUGCGGUGUCUGUUAUAGAAGUGGCAGCCGAAGUUAUCACAGCUUCAUCGGAUUGUGGCUGUGAUGGUGCAUCGAUGGGUUCCAAUUGCUUUUAGCUCUGAGAAUCAAAUCAAAACAUAAUAAUUUAAAUUGAGUCAUUUUGUAAACACUCUCGAAUACUUGCCAAUAUUUUAACGUAUAUAAACAAAAGACUGAUUAAGUUGUAUUUUUUUGUAAAUGCUCAGGAACACAUAAAAUAAGUAAUUUGGAUAUAGCGUGAAUCAUUUUACAUUCGUCUCAAAUAAUAAAUUAAUGAAAAUUAAUAUUUUAGUUGUAAAUCGUUUUACAUUCAUCUCAAAUAAUGAAUUAAUUAAAAUUAAAAUUUUAGUCUUAAUAAAUUUGCUCAGCAAAAGUGAUUGUAAUGGAAUUAUCAUGUGUUGAACACGUGUGCCAUAAACAAUAAAAACUAUUCAUAUAUUUUAUUAAAAUAGUU